AUGAAGCCCUUAUUCCGCUCUGUCCGGCUCGGCUCGAUGGCGGCUCCGCGUGCGCUCUGGCUGACGGCGCUGUUUGCGGCUCUUGCCCGCACGGUGCAUGCUGCGGGGCCAGUGGUGCGCUGUGAACCGUGUGAUGCCGAUGCGCUCGGCCAGUGCAAGCCGCUGCCACGUGACUGCGCCGAGCGGGUGCGCGAGCCGGGCUGCGGCUGCUGUCUAACGUGUGCGCUGAGUGAGGGCCAGGCGUGCGGCGUGUACACGGGACGCUGCGGCGCCGGACUGCGGUGUCAACACCGGCCCGGUGAGAGCAAACCGCUGCAGGCGCUGCUGGAGGGAAGGGGUGUGUGCUCCAGAGCCACGGACAGAAAGCUGAGAGUCGAGGAACCUGUAGAGGAACAUCUGCCUACCACUACCAUUCCAACAGUCAGCAAGGGCACUGAGGUGGUGCAGGAUACAGCAACAGGUUCGGGGGUUGAAGAGGGUAUGCAGAAAACAGAGCUGGACACUAAAAAGUCUCUGCUGCACACUAAGCUUAGCAUGAUCCAGAUGGCAAAGUUUAAGCAAGGACAGAUCUACAAAGUGGAGCCAGUGGCCAAGGGAGUCCACCCUGAUAUCCACAAUUUCAGCCUGGAAUCCAAAAGAGAGACCGAGUAUGGCCCGUGUCGCAUAGAGAUGGAAAGCGUUUUGAAGAGUCUUAGGAUAUCCAGCGUGAUAAACUUUCGAGUUUUUCGCAUUCCAAACUGUGACAGGAAGGGCUUCUACAAGAAGAAACAGUGUCGUCCAUCCAAAGGCCAUAAACGUGGUCAAUGUUGGUGUGUGGACAAGUAUGGACAGCCUCUGCCAGGCUACGAGGGCAAAGAACAAAGCCAAGUCCACUGUUAUAACCAGGAAAAUAAAUGA